AUUCUAGUGCCUCGAACCUCUAAACUGUAUGGUACGUGGGGGGCGUUGACAUAUCAAUGCCAUCGACUAUAUGAUUGGAAGUGAAGGUCAUGUCUGUUGGUGGCUCCCAAGCGUUGCCUUGCACGAAUGCAACACCUGAGCACGAUCCUGGUUUUAGGAUCAUAACAACGAUGAGGAACAUAGCUUUCAGCUCAGGAGAUGCCCUAAUGGCGAAUCCGUGCAUUUCAGAAUGGCACACACGCAAUGAGAAGCUGCUGUCAUUUCACUGUGAACGCUUUCGUGCAGCAGCACAUGCUUUCAACUGGAUCUCAGCCUCUCAAGAACUGGACAAAGCCACUUUUAUACACCGAUUAGAACAAGCAGUGGAGGAGGCUACAAGCUCCAAUCCACAGCCAAGCACUGGAAAGAUCCAAGACAUCAGAGUACGGAUCUUGAUUGACCGUGAAGGCAAGAUUUCAGCUGAGAGUGUCCCGAUGGGUGGUGAGCGCCUGCUGGAGGCGCUCACCACCGAUACUUUCCAUCAGUUGCCAGCAAACGGACCCCCGCCUUCAAUCUCGCGAGAUGAUCGUUGCUCAAGCAUCUCUGUUGAUAGCGCUCCCACAACGCCGGUCUUGUAUACGUUGCAUAAAACGACUCACCGAAAUCCCUAUGAUUUGGCACGAGAGCGUGCGAAGAUUAGCAAAUCACCACCAGGGGAAUGCGAAGUUCUUUUGUUCAAUCCCAGGCAAGAGAUAAUGGAGGCGAGUUUGUGCACAGUGUAUUUCUAUCGCAAUGGAAAAUGGAUUGUACCGUCGUCCGAAACAGGUGGGAUGAAUAGCGCUACAAAGCUAUGGGCUCUCGAUGAAGGGUUCUGUACAGAAGGCAUCGUCAAGCUUGAGGGUGUCAAGCAGGGGGAAAUUGUUUGGUUGAGCAACGCGCUCAGAGGCUUCUUUCUUGGGAGAAUUUAUUUCUAG